AUGGGUUCAAAUCAAGCUAAAAUCGAUGAUUAUGUGUACGCAGUAAUUGGUAAGCACACUCAAUUGAAGCGCGAUGAUAUUCUUGCUUGGCAACAACGUUUUCAUCAAAACUGCGAUCCUGGUUCGACGACUAUGACUAAAGAGCAGUUUUGUAAAUUUUACCAAGAACUUCGUCCAAAUGAAAAUGUGAAACUUCUCAGUGAAAAUAUUUUUCGUGCUUUUGAUCUAAACGGCGACCAUGGCAUUACUUUUUCCGAGUUUCUUGUGGCCUAUGUUUCAACAACUGAAGCACCACUAGAAGAUAAACUUCGUUACGCAUUCAAUGUUUACGAUAUUGAUCGCAAUAGUUCAAUUGAUCGAGCCGAAAUUCUCUUUAUUCUACAUGCCAUGUUCGAAUUAUUAGGAAUGAGCGAGGAAAAAGCGCACAAAUUCUCAUAUAAUCAAUGUGCGGAUACGAUUAUGAAAAAUCUCGAUGUGAAUGAAGAUCAAUGUAUAUCAAAAGAAGAAUUCAUUCAAGGUUUAAUACGCGAUCCAUUUCUUCAAAGUCUCAUGAAUCCUUUUCCACAUGUUUAA